AUGGACUUUGCAGCAUUGGCAGCAGAAUGCCGCGACGUUGCCUUCCGAAAAACGCUCAGUAAAUCAAUUUUGUGGAUGGAAGCUGCCGAGACAAUUAAUACUUACAUGAGACAGAUCCAGGACAGCAUAAAAUUAGUAGGAUUUGAUCAAAAUGUCGAGAAUGACAUGCAAGAUACAGAUAUGUCCGAGGACGACCAUGGCCUGGGCUACACGUUUCGAGUAGAUCGUGAGAAAACGACAGUGAAGUCAGUAUGUGACAAUGUCUCGCCUAUUAAGGCAAAAGUAAUUGAUGCUGAGCAAGUGUCAAGUCAAGUUGAUGCGCUGACGGCAGUUUGCCGCUUCCUGCGCAAUGCAUGUGUGGCAAGUUGUGACAACCAAGACGCAUGUCUGGACGCCGGUCUGAUUAAAAUUGCAUAUGAUAUAGUGCUUUCGUGCUGUUUCUGGAUGGAUGUCGAGGACGAGGCAGUUAAAGACCGCGUUGUGUUACUAGCCCAUGUUACGCUCCAGUUCUUCGUAAACAGUGUCACUGGUAACAACGAGAAUCAAGCAACAGUAUGGAAAUUAUUUUUUCCUGAUGUUUUUCAGAAAGUGUUGGUUGAGUGUCAUCAGCACCGCAACGUCGUUGCGUUUACAGUAGCAUUGAUUCUGAACUGUGUCAACUCCAACAGUACCGUUACGUUUGAAGUCGAGGAAGUUGCCACUCGCCGUGCUGAACUGGUGUGCGCACGCACGUUGGUGAUUACAAUUCUUCACCGCUGCAUUGUGAGGCCGCAAAAGCUGGAUGCAUUACUGCCAAAUGGCUUACAAAUCGAUGGCCAGGACCCAGCUUUUGAGUGGAUCUGUGUUUUGUUUGGCGUUCUCUUCCGCGCCGGUCAUACUGGGGAUCUUUACAACGCCAUUGGAGCUCACAUGCUAAGUAAACUCUGGUCUUGUGUGACUCCCGAGCAACUAAUUUUGCUACGGAUGUUUACGAUGUUAGCUAUUUCCGUGGCCGAGCCGACAUCUACUGCCGCAACGCAGGAAGUACAUGGCAAAUACGUACAACUGCUUUCUGAAGGUGCCUUUGAGUUUGUCAAAAGUACAUGGAUCUCCAUCGUCACUACCAGCGACGACGACAGGCCAGAUGAAGCAGACGGAGUUAGAAAGAGAAUGUGGAUUGAGCUUGAGAACGAAGCAAAGUUGAUGUUGCUUGAUGUGCUUGGAGAAUUGACUGUCGGUCACACUCGGCUGAAUGCAGAGAGGACUCGAGAACUGCUACUUUCUCUUGCUCAAGAGCUACACCGUGCUUGGGAGCUUGGGCGUCGGAACCCAGCAUCCCACCGAGCACCUGGAUCUACGCUUCAGCUGCAAACAAGCGGAGAGCCGGUAGGGUACAGGUCUCGGUUGAUUCGCGUCAUUGGCAAUCUCUGUUUUCGGCAUACGGGCCACCAAGAUCUUAUGCGCGAUAACGGUUAUUUGCCUUUACUUCUCAGUCACUGCAACAUUGAUGAAACAAACCCAUUCAUCCGUGAAUGGUCUUUGGUAGCUUUGCGUAAUUUGUGCGAGGGAAAUGAGGCAAAUCAGUCGUAUAUCAAUAACCUUCGCCCGCAAAGAAUGGAUGCCGCGUCUUACACAGCGCUUGACAAAGCGAAGGCGUGUGCUCACUUCGAGGAAGAUGGAGCAGUCAAACUGACAAAACAGGAGAAGUAG